CACGGUUCGAUCUGAAAUGUAAUCAUACUUUCUCUCCGGUACACUUAAACUUUCUUACGUGCCAACUUCACUAAUUGUAGCAAUAUGCCUUACGGAGGACAAUAUGGUGUUGCUACCAAUGAGGGACCAGGGUGGAUGCAGUUCCGAAAUGUUAAAGCGAAAGAAGACCUUUUCACACCUGAGAGUCAGAAAGUGCCAGCCACAAUGGCAGCUGCAUGGACUGCUUGCGCAGCGAAGUUUGGUAAGCAAAGAUGCUUGGGAACACGUCAGCUUGUGUCCAGUGAGACAAUCAAGGACCCAAAUACAGGCAAGGAAUUGCUCAAAUGCACAUACGGUGCGUACAGGUGGAUGACGUACAACCGCACGAACGAACGCAUUCUAGCGUUUGCCAAGGGGUUGAUCUCCAUGGGUGUUAAGCCCAAGGAGAAUGUGUGCAUCUUCAUGAACACGAUGGCGGAUUGGCAGGUCGCUUCACAGGCUUGUUUCCAAGCCGGUAUCGUUCUGGGCACAAUCUACGCCACUCUUGGUGACGAGGCCUUGGCCUACGGUUUCAACCAAACCGAGUCGUCCACCGUUAUCACGGAAGGCGCUCUGUUGCCCGCGAUUGCCAAGAUUGCAAAGGACUGUCCUCACCUCAAAAGCAUUAUCUACAACGGUGAGAAGCCAAAAGAUGUUGCGGUUCCCGAGGGCGUCACUUUGUACGCAUAUGAAGAUGUGAUCAAGACUGGCAAGGCCGCUGACGUCUCAUACUCUGAGCCUAAGCCCGAAGACGUCGCCGUGAUCAUGUACACGUCCGGUUCUACAGGUCUACCCAAGGGGGUCAUGCUUACACAUCAUAAUAUGACGUCUGCGUGCAUAGGGUUUAAAGAGGCCCUCCCCACUAUUGUUCCUGGAGAAGAUUGUUUCAUGGGUUUCCUACCCUUGGCGCAUAUUUUCGCUCUAUGUUCCGAGAAUUUUCUACUCAAUAACGGGUGCAUGAUUGGAUAUGGUGGCGCUCUCACUCUCACUGAUAAUUCUCCCAAGAUCAAAGCGGGAACCAAAGGAGAUAUUAGCGAGCUUAGACCCACAUACCUGGCAGCCGUACCUACCAUCAUGGAUCGUAUUCGUCAGGCUGUAACUGGAAAGGUGGCUGCUGGAUCGCCUUUGGUGCAGAAGCUUUUCCACAAGGCCUUUGAGUCCAAGAAAGCGGCAAUGAAGAAGGGAAAAGGAACUCCGAUCUGGGACGCCAUUGUAUUUAACAAGAUCAAGUCUGUUCUGGGUGGUCGUAUAAAGGAAGUCUUCUCCGGAGGCGCGCCACUUGCAGCUGACUCUCAGUUGUUUAUGAACGUUGUGUUUGGUGUUCCGGUGUGUCAAGGUUACGGUCUCACCGAAACUUGCUCGUCUGCUACAAUUGCACAUCAUACGGAUCGUGACUCGUUCGGAAAGGUUGGAGGUCCUCUAGUUGUUGUGGACCUGAAGCUUAAGGAUUGGGAAGAGGGCAACUACAAGGUCACAGACAAGGACGAUAAGGCCAUAGGUAUGCCUCGCGGUGAGGUCUUGUUGGGUGGUCCAUGUAUCGCUAGCGGCUACUACAAGAUGCCCGAGAAGACUGCUGAAGAAUUUAUUGCGGAUGAGUCAGGGAAAGUGUGGUUCCACACUGGAGAUAUCGGACAGGUACACAAGAGCGGAACCUUGCAGAUUAUUGAUCGAAAGAAGGAUUUGGUCAAACUGCAACAGGGAGAAUACGUAUCUCUGGGUAAGGUAGAAAGUAUGUUGAAGGCCGCGAAUUACAUUGACAACAUGAUGGUGUAUGCCGACCCUUUCCACUCCUACUGUGUUGCGAUUGUAACUGUUUUGGCACCAGCAGUAGCUGCUUUUGCGGAAAAGAACGGAAUUCAGAAAGAAUGGGCUGAUCUCGUGAAAGAUCCCAAGAUUGUCGCAGAAGUUCUAGCAUCCUUACAGAAGGAAGCAAAGAGCAGCAAACUUGCAAAGUUUGAAACACCGCAGAAAAUCUUCAUUGAAGCCGACCCAUGGUUGCCCGAGAGCGGCCUAGUCACCGCUAGUUUAAAACUGCAGCGCAACAAUCUCAAGAAACAUUACGAGGCAGAGAUAAGCAAGUUGCUGGAGUAGAUAGAUUAGCAGGCUUAAAAAUGUACAUAUUAACCACGAAUUUAUAUAAAAGUGUAUAUCAUG